AUGAUAUCACUUUACGUUGAAAAUGGCUCUGCCUAUGUAUGGAAUUCUGAAGAUUGGUACGAGCUACGAGCCAACCACCGAAUAUGCGGUUCAUUGAUUGGAUCUUUACCAUCAUUUCCGAGGCAAAAUGAUUUUUUAGGUUUACCUAUGGCUUUGACAUCAGAAGAAGCUGCAUUAUUAGUAAACCAAGGGAUUUGUCAGUUAUUUGAAGUGCCAAAUCUAACAAUGAAACCAUCAGAAGAAGAAAAGCAGUUGAUAAAGGAAUUGGAACAGAAUGUUUUAAUGGAACAAAUGGAUGCUCUGAAGAAAAAGAAAAUAGAGCAAUUGUCGCAGAAGAUUGAUAUUAUAAUUGCUGGGAAAAGACAAAAGUUGCUGUCAAAAGGCAUAACAGAUGUUAAAUUAGAUAAGCAAGCAUUAUUGCAAGAGGAAAUCAAUAAAUUACCAAAGUUAGCUCCUGCUCAUGUAUUAACUCAUUUGCCAACUGAACAUUACAUGGACACAGAAAAGAAAAAAGUUGCUAUUGAUGUUUUGAGACCCAGUGUAAUAGAAGGAAAAGGGGCUAUCAAGUUUAAAAUAUUCAAGGAUUUGUGGGAAAAGAAAUUCCAUAUUACAAGUGGAUCAAAAUUUGGUUGUGACUUCUUAGUUUAUCCAGGAGACCCAGUGAAGUUUCAUGCAACUUAUAUGGUGCAAUGUGUUUAUAAUCAAGAGGCCACCAUGAGACCUGCAGAAUUAGUAGCAUUUGGAAGACUGUCUGUUACUGUGAACAAAUUGGCUGUUUUUGCUUUUUACAAUUCUCACGAAAAAGUUGAAUAUCAAACACUUCAAUGGCAUGAUAAUGUUACAUAA